AUGGUAGGCAAGGUCGAAGUGGAAGCGAUUCCGGCGCCAAAUCCCCGAGGCCGUCACAUAAAGAAGAGGGCUCUUAAAAACAAAGCUCUCGCCGUCACGUUCAACGAGAAAGAUCUCAGCGAUUUUGUGUCUGGGUUUCACAAGAGGAAGAAGAAAAGGAGAAAGGAAGCCGAGAAGAAGCAAGGGGAGGCGCUACGGCGUAAGCGUCUUGAGCUGCGCAAAAAGAGGAGACUAGAAAAGGAACUGGCUCUUAAUGGUGACGCUCCCCCAGCCACUGACACAGCAGCUGAUGAGAGUGAUGAGUAUGACGAGGAUGAUGAAAGUAGUGAGCCAGCACUACCAGUUUCAGGUACAACGACUUAUGACAAUGGUGACAUGAAAGUCACUGUGACAACAAGCGAGAUCUCUCGAGAAGAGGAAAGUGAUUCAGAUGAAAAGACAGACACAGCAAUACCCCAAUCAGUUGGAGCUUCUAAAAAGCACAGUGUACCUGUGAGCAAGACGAAACCUUUGAAAAAAGUUGCAAAACGAAAAUCACGGCCCAAGCUGCAACGUAAAAGAGAUAAAAGGAAGGGACCGGAAAAGACCAAGAAGAGGCGCUAG